ACAGAGCAGGCUGUGGAUCAUCUCGCUGGUUCUGUGACAUGAGCAGUUUCAUACGACUGGCCACAGUAACAUUACCGUUUGGAUUCCUGUUCUCAAGGGCCAUGGCUUGGACAUCAAGUGGAAAAACACACAGCGAUCUUGUUAGCAAUCUUAGAAAGAAUGGAGUGAUUCGGACUCAGCGUGUGUUUGAUGCUUUAAUGGAGACAGACCGAGCACAUUAUAUCCAAAACUUCCCUUAUAUGGACUCCCCACAGAGCAUAGGAUACAGAGCUACAAUUAGUGCACCCCAUAUGCAUGCACAUGCCCUGGAGGUAUUAGAAGAUAAAUUGGUCGAGGGUGCUAAGGCAUUGGACGUUGGCUCGGGGAGUGGAUAUCUCACUGCCUGCUUUGCCAGAAUGGUAGGCCCCUCAGGAAAAGUUGUUGGCAUUGACCAUAUUGAUCAACUUGUCCAGGAUGCAACUGAGAAUGUCAAAAAAGAUGAUCCAACAUUACUGAGCUCUGGACGCAUUAAAUUUAUAGUGGGCGAUGGUAGAUUUGGCUAUCCUCAGGAAGGUCCAUAUGAUGCAAUUCAUGUAGGUGCAGCAGCUGCCAAGAUACCACAGGCGCUGCUGAACGAGUUGAAGCCAGGAGGAAGAUUGGUCUUACCUGUGGGUCCAGAAGGUGGAAGUCAGCAUCUGGAACAGUAUGACAAGGAUAGUGAUGGGAACAUCACAAGAGUUCGCUUAAUGGGUGUGAUGUAUGUUCCUCUAACAGACAAAAAGAGACAAUGGCCGCUGUAAGAGAUUUUA